ACAUUCGUGUGUUCAUUGACAUUCUUUUUGGUCGAGGUGUUACGCGAUUUCGAUUGCUCGAAGAAAAUUAAAUUUUAAAUUAAAAUUUACGAAUUGUUACGAUUUAUAGCAGCGAAAAGAUAUGUUGCGUACACUCUCCAGAUGCAGUGAAUUGCCAGUUGUGGCCAAACAAUUACAAAAAAGUGCCGCCCAGUCUGGUGUACAAAAAUCGAACAAAUACGCAACGGAGGCGACCAUAGAAGUGCAUCGCCCAUUCAAGUUGCAUAGACUCGAUAAGGGCCCCGAAACAAGCGUUACAUUGACCAAAGAGGAUGCAACCAAAUAUUAUACCCAAAUGCAGACUAUUCGUCGCAUUGAAACUGCCGCCGGUAAUUUGUAUAAGGAAAAAAUCAUACGUGGUUUCUGUCAUUUAUACUCCGGCCAAGAAGCGUGUGCUGUUGGCAUGAAAGCUGCCAUGCGUGAACAAGACAACAUCAUUUCCGCUUAUCGUGUGCACGGUUGGACAUAUUUGAUGGGUGUCAAACCUGUUGGUGUACUUUCUGAAUUGACCGGUCGUCAAGGUGGCUGUGCUUUGGGCAAAGGUGGUUCUAUGCAUAUGUAUGCACCAAACUUUUUUGGUGGCAAUGGUAUUGUAGGUGCACAGGUACCACUUGGCACUGGUGUUGCACUUGCUUGCAAGUACAAGGGUAAUGGUGGCGUUUGUUUAUCCCUGUACGGUGAUGGUGCUGCCAAUCAAGGUCAAGUGUUUGAAUCUUAUAAUAUGGCUUCCUUAUGGAAAUUGCCGGCAAUUUUCGUUUGCGAAAAUAAUAAUUAUGCUAUGGGUACCAGUACUGAACGUGGCUCCAGCAAUACAGAUUAUUAUACACGCGGUGAUGUUGUGCCCGGUAUCUGGGUUGAUGGUAUGGAUGUUUUGGCUGUGCGUAGUGCUACUGAAUUUGCCAUUGAAUAUGUGAAUAAGGUUGGUCCCAUUGUAUUGGAAACCAAUACCUACCGUUAUUCUGGACACUCGAUGUCCGAUCCUGGCACAAGCUACCGUACACGUGAAGAAAUCCAAGAGGUUCGUCAAAAGCGCGAUCCCAUCACCUCCUUCAAGGAAUUGUGCAUUGAGCAGGGUCUAUUGUCUGCCGAUGAAAUCAAGGAAAUCGAUACUAAAGUGCGCAAAGAAGUCGAUGAGGCUACACAAAUCGCUAAAAACGAUAAAGAACUGCCGGUCAGUGGUCUAUGGACUGAUGUAUAUUCAAAUAAUUUGGAAACUAAAAUACGUGGUCUCUCCGGUUACAACAUUACGCAUAUUUCACAACGCAAAGGUGUGAACCAUUAAAUCGCUUUAGCUAUGUACAUACACAUAUUGGGGUUAGCUAAAACAGAAAUUCAACAUUAUAAAAUGCAUAAGAAAACAUCCACCAACUGCUACUUGUGGCAAAUAAGUUGAAAGUUUUAGCCGAAUCGUUAGCGAAAAUUACUUUUAUUAUUCUCAAAACACAAACGUAGGCAAUUCACCACCAUCGAAAUGGUACAUCCUUUAAAAUAAUAAUAAUAAACUAUUGAAAUCACCGUUUUUGUUGUACAGUGACUUAAAACUCGAUAUUAUAGUAAGAAUUAUGUUUAAAUUUUGAAUAAUUUAUUUUGUCAAAGAUCUUACAAACUGAAGUGAAGCAUAUUGUACAUGAAGGCAUAAGCUAAAAUUAUUAGUUCUAUUAAAUUACUUUUUCUUUUUUUUGUAAAUACAAAAAACAUCAUUGUAUAUAUUUUUUAAUGCCCAUUUGGGAUUUCAUGUUCGUGUAUGAAUAAAAUAAACUUAAAAGUCACAAUGCGCAUUAUUGGUUAAAACUGUUAAGAGCAUUAAAUAAAUGAAAAAUAAAUAGAAGUAAAAGAUAUGUACAAAAACUGA